UAUCGGUGCACAGAUGCUUUUACAGACUUAAAGCUGCAAUGUAAAAAAAUUACAGGCUUAGAGUCAUUAGUGUAUGUUGCAUUGUUAUGGAAAUGGAAGCCGUUUAAACCUAAUAUUGCCUGACUGGUCUGUGAUCAGUGCAGAUAAUCCACCAUCUAUGUUGGUUGUGGUCGCAAAAAUAUAUUUAACGUGGUCAGUGAAAUGACAUUUGUAACUUUUCCCACACUUGGGAUACCAGUGACAGCCUUGUGUUGGAUGGUGGUAUUAGCUGCACGGUUAGCUUGGCAUCAUGGCUAUAUAGCCGGCAUGCUAAUAAUCGCUAACACUAGCAAGGCCGCCAUUGAACAAGGUGCUGCCGCAGUAGAUAAGUCCACUGUAGGUAGCUAAGGAGUACAUGCUAUACGUACCAUCGUGUAUAUUUUAGUCCUAUUCGUGAUUAUAACAUGGCUCAUGCGUAUCAAAUAGUACAAAGCGUGUGGAUCGUCUUAAAACUAUAAGACGCCCUUUCCCGGGCUUUCCCCUUGCAUUCAUCGCCCUCGCCUGCUGGUCAUCUUUGUCCCUUUUCAGCUAGCCAACUCUUCAUUACAACUAGCCUGCUAACGUGUCCACCUAGCUUUCACUGUUGAUAUCCAUUGCUGAGCGUUCCUCUGGUUGUCGCAGCCACAGAUCAGCCACCACUCUUCACUCGCUAGGAAGCCAUCAAUUCAAGACACUUUCAGGUUUGCUUCCUGACAAAAGCACCAGCGCUGCGCCCACCCAAAGCGACACCUAUACCCCGAUUCUUAGUUGAGUUAUACGUCCGGCAGGAAAACGGAGGUCGUGGGGCUGGAGUGUGUUCUUAUGGCGGAGUCAGAGACUGAAUGUGACACACCCGGCCUUGACACGCUGGGGUCGGAGUGUGUCAUAGCCCACAGCCAUGUCGACCUUCACUACGGAGCCGAGACGGAAAUCAUGACUGAAGAAAAGCGUGGCUUGGAGUUGGAGAUUCACGGGGGCCUCGGUGCGGUCUCGUGCGUGGAUGGCAUCGUAGAGACGGACCAUGAUUACAUCAAAGUAGAACACGACGAGAUCCACUGUUUUGCAGGAGCCGAGAUCAAGACGAGUGGCGAGCCACUGCUGGGAGAAGUCCUUCUCAAGACGGAAAACGAGCACGUGGUGAAAGUGGAGUCUGAUCACGGUGGGGAGUUGACGGUGGAGUCUGAGAAUGGCGUCAUCAUUCACGAGGCCCACGGCCUGCAAUGCAACGAGUGCGGGGAAAUCUUUGGCAGCAUAGCUGACCUUCACCAACAUUUUGAGAUCCACAAGGACCUCAACCCAUACAUCUGUGUCCACUGUGGCGAGAGCUUUGCAGUGGAGGCCAGUCUCAAGCAGCACAUGAAGAUUCACAUGAAAGAAAAGCCCUACGUCCCACCAGGCGUGGAGAUGAUGAGCAAAGACGUCAUCGACGCCUUCAGCCUCAAGUCCCAUCAGAUGAUCCACCUGCCGGACAAGCCUCACAGGUGCUCAGAGUGCGGCAAGAGUUUUGCGGCUGCAAUCACCCUCAGAGAACACAUGAAGAUGCAUUCAGAGGACAAGCCCUACAAAUGCACCCAGUGUAGGAAGAGCUUUGUCCGCAGAAGGCACCUGAAGAAGCACCAAGAGGUCCAUGCCCGUGAGAAGCCAUAUACCUGCGGUCAGUGCGGCAAGGGCUUUGCCACCACUUCCAACCUGAAGCAGCACCAGAAGACCCACGCCGUCGUCGUACUCGCCGACAAGCCCCACCGGUGCACGCAGUGUGGCAAGUGCUUUGCGGCCGCCGCCACUUUGCGGGAGCACCAGAGGAUCCACUCGGGUGAGAAGCCGUACAAGUGCAACAUGUGCAGGAAGAGCUUCGUCCGCAAGCGUCACCUGAAGAAGCACCAACAAGUCCACGCCGGAGGGAAGCCCUACACAUGCAGACAUUGCAACAAGGGCUUCAACCACUCCUCGUCCCUCUCGCGCCAUCACAAGACCCACCUGCAGGGUCCCGUCUUCUCCCCGCCACAGCCUGGGAAGCCCAUGACAUUCGCCUCCCCACCAAAGCAGAGGGUGCAUCUGCAAGGGGAAAAGCCCUACAUGUGCCAUCACUGCGACAAGGGCUUCAAUCAUUCCUCCUCACUGUCCCGCCACCAAAGAGUCCACUCCGACGGAGACGGCUAUACUUGUGGCCACUGUGGUAAAACCUUUAACCACUCCUCGUCCCUCGCCCGGCACCAGAGAGUCCACUUGGAGAACAAGCAGCAGCCACCGCAGCCACAGCAACUGCAGCAACCGCAGUCGCCACCCGCACAAGUGGAGCAGUACAGCGCCAUCCCCACCCCCAAGGUGUUUCCCAACAACUCCUUCCCCAAACAGCACCUGCUCUCUGAUGAGAAGCCGUACAGGUGCACCCAGUGUGGGAAAGGCUUCAACCAUUCAUCCUCCCUCUCCAGACACCACAGGAUCCACUUACGCCAGUGAGUGUCCUGUUCUCACGCCAACGCUCGCUUCGCUGACCUCUCGCUUCUCAAUAUUGACAGUUACUUCCCCCAAUCACAAGAAAACAAUGGCCAUGUCCUUCCUGUGGACGUGCAUAGCUGCAGUUGAGAAAAAUGGACAUAUGGAUCACCUGGAACCUGAGCAGGGGGGUGCGAGAACCUCCAUUUUUGUCUUGUUUGAGGUCAUGCUACACUUGACACGGGAACUCCAUUAUGAACACUUUUUAAAACGGAACAGUGUGAUUUAUCUUCAUGAGGAAAAAAAAAUGUUACUGGAUCUUUUGGAUGUGAUUCUAGGCUGUCAACACAAAUGGAAAUUGUCAUCUUUAUCACCCCAGUAACCUGUGUGAAGCAAAUCCACUGUAAAUAACGUCUUGAUUUCUUUUAUAUAUGUAUAGGUGACUAGAGUGCUGCUCCUAAAUGAUGACAUUUUUGAUAGCAACACCCACUUUUGGUCUUUUUUUUUUUCAUUUUUAUUUUAUUUAAGACUUUUUAAGUGUCGGAGAUAAAUUUGUUGCAGCAGCUGUUGGAUUUGCCAUCUUGUAUAUUCCUGAAGUUAUUUUUUCGUGUACGUCUGCAAUGGGUGAGCACUGCUGCAUCGACUGUACAGAGCAAUACUGGCUUUACUCUGACAUGCAGUUCAGCCACAGGCAAUUCCUGACAGAAAAUAAAAUAAAAAAAAAAACUGGUUAGCAUAUUGUUAGACCCUUGUCCUUUAUUUUUAUUUCUUGGUUUAUUUUCCCUCUGCAUAUUUCUUUGGACUUGAACUAAUGACCUGUUUAUAGACUAUACAUAGUAUUCAUGCUCACUAUCACAAUUUGAUCUAAAGGCUUGUGCGUACUAAAAUAAACUGAGAAACUGACUUUUUCAAGACUGAAUUGCGCUCUCCUUGUCUGUGUAUAAUCUCUUUUACAAACGGAUGUAUUUUUGUAGAAAUGGAUGGGUUAUAUGAAAGGGAGCAGAGAAGUAAUGCUCUAUGGGAGUGGACAUGGCAAGCAAUAUUCCCCCCCAUUUUUUUUUUUUUUUUUUGCUUCAAUCUGUAGCAUAGUUUUCUUGUGUUAGAUAGGUGCCUUACUGCAUGCUAUGUAGAAAUGUAUGCUCAGCUGUUUGAAGAAAUAAAAGGUUUCAGGAUUUUUAAAAACAUUUUAAAAUUUAGUUUGUCAUACCCAGCAUUUUAGUUUGUCCCUGACAGCUUUUGCUUUGUUUCUUUGGUUGUGUUUUUUUUUUUUUUUUGCGUUCUUGUAUACUACCAAGUGUGUACAAUGUACAUUAUAUCUUUAUUUUUCCUCCCUGUGUUCUUUGUAAAUGGCUUAACUGUUGAGAGAACUUAUGUAAGCGUUCCAUGUUGCAGUGACGUGCGGUCAGGGCAGGCAGGUGAGGCUCUGCAUCAUGUUCGAAAAUUAAAAAAGGAAUCAUAUUUGUCCAUUGAACUGUAUUAUAAAUGUAUUUCCUGUAUGAUUUAGAUUGUUUUUAACAUUUUAAGUAGAAAUCGCUGAAUUUGCACAUUUCCUGAUCAAAUAUAAUGCAGAAACCUCAAAUGAAGACUGUUGUGUGUAUUGGGAGUUGGAUAUGUUACAGAAAAAUGUAAUGACUUUCUACAGCCUCUAAUGUAUCUAACGUGUGACAUCAUUCUUGCUAAUAAGACAAUAAAAUACAGAGAAAUGUUAUACUCUCAUCCUGGGGGCGUGUCAGCAGGCAGGUGCUUGUCAGUGUUUUGGGUUUUUUUUGCCAGCAGCAGCACCAGCUGGAGAGGAGCAAGUGAAAAUGCAUUGAAAAUGUUUUUAUGCAAUAAAAUUAUAGAGAAUUAUAUAAAGAUCACCAGAAGGUGAUCACUUUUGUGACAAAGUUUCAGAACUUUUCCUGGUAUAUACAACAAGACCAAAAAUUUUUUUUUUUUUUUUU